AUGGCCUCGCCGAUGUUCGCAGGCGACAAGGCGUGUAACUUAAGGCGCAGGGCGCUGCAGUUCUUUGAUAAGAGGGAGUUUGUGCAAAUCCUGCGUAGUGGCCCAGGUCACGACAGAAUGGCACCUGAAACGAAAUCGGAACUGGUGAGGGAAUGGAUUGUCCUCAUUCCGGAUGUCGAAGGGUCAUUAGAGACACGUAUGAGAGUGAGGGAAACACAUAUCGAGGAAAUGCUCAAACAUAUCGACUCUGGUUUGUUCCAAAUGGGCGGGGGCACUUUGGAUGGAGAUAGCGUUGACGGAAGCGCCAUCAUCGCCCGUGCCAAAUCCGAAGCCCAUGUACUAGCUGUCCUUAAGAAUGAUGUCUACGCCAGAAGCGGAGUCUGGGAUUUAGAAAAUAUCAAGUUUAUUCCUUUUAGAUGCGUGUAUAGACGGGAGCAUAUUGACGGUGCUGUCAUGGGCGCUGCAUGGAAAUUCUGA